AUGGUUAUGAAAUUUCAUCCAAAGAAUAUAUCGUUUGGAUCGUACUCCGAUGAAGAGAUAGAGCGAAACAGCUGCAUGGAGGUUGUGGUACCAGGAUGCUUUGAUAAGUUCGGACACCCCAUACGCGGAGGUCUGUACGACUUGAGAAUGGGGCCUUUGGAUUUGUCAUCAAACUGCAAGACUUGCAAUCUGUCGUUUCUCAACUGCCCAGGGCACUUUGGGCACAUAAAGCUGUCCAGGAUAGUUCUUAACCCGAUGUUCUUUGACUCGUUGUUUUCAAUAGUUAGGUGCUACUGCUUCCAGUGUAAGCACUUCAGAAUAACGAACUAUGACAGAUUGAUCUUGUUCUGCAAGUUUUCCCUUCUACUUAAUGGAGAGGAGGCUGAGGAUCUGGACAGGCUGUACAUGGUUUCAGAAGAGGAGGAGCUGUACAAGAUAGUUAGCGAAAGGAUAGAGAAUGCAAAGAAAAACAGAUCUGAGCCGCUGAUGGAAAGCCACCAGGAGGUGGUGCAUAGGUUUCUGCAGAACGCAGGCUCCAGAAGAAAGUGCGUUCGAUGUGGACACAGUAACCCGAAGAUUGUCAAGGGUGCAAAGAUGAAGGUGCUGAAAGACUUGAGAAAGGGCAACGAAAAGGAUGAAGAUGGGAAGGACCUUGAGUUUCUUUCACCGGAUGCCGUCAGAGAGCUUAUGGACGAUUUGUUUUCAAAUGAGGCGGAUCUUAUUGAGUCUAUUUUUUUCCGAAGAGAUCCUGGGAUGUUCUUUAUAUCCAACCUGCCAGUCAUCCCCAACAGAUUCCGCCCCAUGAUCGUUUUAGAUGGAAAAAAAGCCGAGAAUUUCCAAACACUUUAUCUUAACGACAUCCUCAGGGUCAGCGUACUGGUGACGAAGGAUCUGUCAUAUUGGCCUGAGCUCCAGGCGGCCAUUCUUUCGUCUUUUGACAACAAGAAUAUAAGCAAGUGGAGUCGCACCCGGAUGGUACCGCCUGGCCAUAAACAGAUCCUCGAGAGGAAGGACGGAUUGUUCCGCAGAAACAUAAUGGGAAAGCGAGUCAACUUUGCAGCGCGAACUGUUAUAUCGCCCGAUCCUAAUCUUGAGACUAGGGAGAUAGGAAUUCCUCUUGUGUUUGCAGAGGCCCUAACCUUUCCAGAAAGGGCAGCCAGCUUCAACGUGGAUAGGCUGAAGAAGGCUGUUGUGAAUGGGCCUACUUAUCCAGGAAGUCUAUAUCUCCAGGACGGCGAUGUGAUGCUCAGCCUGGCACACAUGCCUGACGAAAAGAGGUACGCCCUGGCAAACCAGCUUCUGGACGGCAAAAAGGUUGUUUGGAGACAUCUAGUCGACGGAGAUGUGGUGCUUAUGAAUAGACAGCCGACUCUCCACAGGCCGAGUAUAAUGGCCCACAAGUGUAGGGUCCUAAGGAAAGAAAGAACGUUAAGAAUGCACUACGCCAACUGCAAGUCCUACAACGCAGACUUUGAUGGUGACGAGAUGAAUGUUCAUUUUCCACAAAACUAUGCAUCGGAAGCCGAAUCAAGACAUAUAGUCAUGAACGAUUCCAACUACCUGGUACCUACCAAUGGAAAGCCCAUAAGGGGCCUCGUCCAGGACCACAUUGUUAUUGUGACCGUUUUGACAAUGAAAGAUUCGUUCUUUUCCGAGGAAGAUUACUUUACUCUGGUGAAUGCUGGACUUAGCGACAGGCGCAUCGUCCUAGAUCGUCCUUGUAUCGUCAAGCCUGCAAGACUCUAUUCCGGGAGGCAGGUGAUUUCAACGAUAUUAAAGAAUCUUGGGCUGGUUGUGAACAUUGAAAUUGAAACCAAUGUUCCGAAAAAUGCGUGGAGAGAGCAUUCCGAGGAGAGGAUCCUAAGAAUCAGGGAAGGAAACAUUGUGACCGGGAUCCUGGAUAAGAACUCGCUGGGCCCAACCUUCAAGUCUCUUAUCCAUGCUUGUGGGGAGAUCAAAGGAUUCGCGACUUCAAACGACCUGUUGACAUAUAUCGGAUGGGUUGGCAACAGGUAUCUUCUGAUGUAUGGAUUCACAAUAGGAAUAGACGAUCUUCUUCUCGACAAGGAGGCAGACAAGAAAAGAAGAGAGGUUGUUAGGGUCAAAGACCAAGAGGCCAAGGAGCUCCAGAGGAGAUAUGUGGAGGCAAACCCAGACUUCUAUCUCUAUGCUGACAAGAAGGCAUACCUGGAUUCCGUAAUGAGAACAGAGAUGAAUAGUGUGACUUCUGAAAUAGUCAAGGUAUCUGUUCCGUCAGGAUUGCAGAAAAGCUUUCCAGAAAACAACAUGGAGCUAAUUAUCGCAACAGGAUCUAAAGGCUCCAUUGUCAACCUGAGUCAGAUUUCGGGGGCUCUAGGGCAACAGGAGCUAGAGGGCCAGAGAGUUCCGAUAAUGGCUAGUGGAAAGACAUUGCCUUGCUUUGCGGCACUGGAUCCUAGCCCGUCUUCUGGAGGAUAUAUAUACCACAGGUUUCUGACUGGAAUUGACCUGCCACAAUAUUUUUUCCAUUGUAUGGCAGGCAGGGAGGGCCUUAUUGACACGGCAAUCAAGACGGCAAACUCCGGAUAUCUGCAGAGAUGCCUAAUUAAGCAUAUGGAGGAAGCAAAGGUAGAAUAUGAUAUGUCUGUCAGGAUUGGGAAAAGAGUGAUUCAAUUUAUGUAUGGGGAGGAUGGGCUUGACUGCACAAAGUCUAGCUAUCUCGAUGACGCUGAAUUUUUCAAAAGAAAUGUCUUGCUUUUUGGAAAGUCGGCUUCUAUUGUCUCCAAACUCGAAGAUAGAUACAAGGACUUCCUCUCCUUGAAAUUCAGGAAACAGAUAGAUCUGCUUGACGAUGAGCUCAGGAGGUUUUUAGCAGACAGAUACAUAUGCUCCCUGGCUGAUCCCGGAGAAUCUGUAGGGGUCAUAGCUGCACAAUCAGUAGGCGAGCCUUCCACACAGAUGACGCUCAACACCUUUCAUCUUGCAGGGGUUGGGGCGAAGAACGUGACGCUUGGGGUUCCUAGACUCAGAGAGAUUCUAAUAACAGCGUCCAAAAGCAUAAGGACACCCUUGAUCACGGUGCCAAUCAAGAGGAGGGUGAGUUUCGACAUUACAGAAUGUCUGAGGAGGGUGACGCUGAAGGACUGUGUCAAGAGAUUUGGGGUUACAGAGGAGAUUGUGAUGGUUUCCGGUGUGUUCCAGAAGAAGGUCAAGAUAAUGUUUGAGCUGGAUAACUUUGUUGAUCUUGCAGGCGAAGUCCUGGAUAGGAAGUUCCUGAAGCUGCUUGGGAACAAAAUGAAAGGAUUAGCCAAGGCAAAGUAUACAUUGGGGAUGUCAGAGGCGCCCAAAGACGACUGCAAAGAGGUUGAUGAGAACAAGGAGAACGAAGGAGAAGACGAGAGUGACAGCGAUAAGGAAAGUGACCCGGAAGGCGACAACGUGUGCUUAGAAGCUACCACCGGUGAGAAUGGCGAUAAAGAUAGUGAAGACCAUAGUACUAGCUAUCUAGAGGCUACCGACGAGACCGAUCAAACGGACGACUCGGGCAAUACCGAAGAGGAGGAGGAUUUCAUGAACUUUGCAAAGAAGUCAAAAAACGUCCUUACAUUUGAGAUCCUAUAUCCCUCUGGGUUCAAUGAGAUGAUUUCCUCGGUUGUUGAAUCCAUUCUCCCUACAAUUGUAGUACGAGAGGUUAAGGGCAUGGAGAAGGCCUCCGUUUCUGGUAGCCAACUCUUCGUGAAAAGCUCCUCUAUAUACUCCCUGACCAGAAUGAUAGAGGUAAGCCCCGGUGUGUAUGAAGACUUGCUAGAUAUCCUGGACAUCUACAACGCAGAGUCGAACGAUAUAUAUGAUGUGUACCUAACGCUCGGCGUAGAGGCUGCAAGACACGCGAUAAUCAACGAGGUAGUGAAGGUUUUCGAUGUCUAUGGAAUUUCUAUUGAUAUCCGGCAUCUUCUUCUCAUAGCUGACUACAUGACAAGAAAGGGGAGCUACUCUCCAUUCAGUAGGCAUGGGCUCGGGGCUGAUGACUCUCCUAUUCAGAGAAUAAGCUUUGAAAGCUGCUACUCCAACUUCAAGACUGCUGCAACAUUCCAUCUGGAGGACAAGCUGUCCAAUCCCUCUGCCUCCUUAACUGUGGGCAACCCUGUGCGGUGUGGAACGGGCUGCUUCGAUUUGAUACACAACAUAGACUUUCCUAAUAAAGUCUAA